AUGUUAAAAUUAUUUUUUUCCCUCACUGUUAUUUCGGCUUUUUUUUUAUGGUAUUUUCACGAAUAUCAUACAAAUAAAUUUUUUGAAGUAGUUGACAAAAUUCCCUAUACAGCUUCCAUUUUAAAUAAUUUACAUUUCUAUUGGAGCAUUGCUUCUCCUAUCUUAUCAUCAAAAAUUUCUAAAACCAAAAUAUUUACAUCUUCUGAAUUACAAGAAUAUAACGGUGAAGAGAAUAGUAAGGGAUUAUAUUUAGCCAUACUGGGAGAUGUGUACGAUGUUGAAAAAGGAGUAAGACAUUACGGACCCGGCGGUCCCUAUCAUGUAUUUGCUGGAAAAGAUGCAUCCAGGUCAUUUGUGACAGGAGAUUUUGCUGAUGAUCAGGCGCUGGAUGAUGUAUUGGACCUAUCAUACAAUGAAUUAUUAAGUAUUAAGGACUGGUGUAAAUUUUAUAAAAAAGAAUAUGACUUUAAAGGAAAAUUAGCUGGAAGGUUUUAUGAUGAAAAAGGUAGAACAACCGAAUACUGGCAAAAGCUUCAAAAAAAAUUAAUCGAAGCUGAAAAAGUUAAGCUCAAUCAAAAAGAUGAAGAAACAUUAUUUCCUCCAUGCAAUGUCGAAUGGAAUGCUGAAACAGGAACUAAAGUUUGGUGUACAAAUAAAAGUGGAGGUAUAGAAAGAAACUGGACAGGAGUUCCUAGAAAGUUAUAUGUGGUUGGAUCAGAAUCAUACCGUUGUGCUUGUGUUGAUAUCGAUGAAAUACAAAAAGUCGAGUCCCCACAAUAUUCUAGAAGAGGUCAUUUACAAGUUUAUGAACAAUGUCAUCCAUCACAUAAUUUUUGUUUUAUUAAAGAAUAA